AACUGUUGAGUGAGACCAAGCAUAUUUGGGCAAGCUAACCAUGAUGAAAUCAACCGUUAUUAUUGUACUGGUGGUGGUGUUCGCGAUGCUUGCAAUCGAAGAAGCCAAAAGCCACCACACCAGGAAGCACAGGUGGACCCCAAAGAUCUACGAGGUUAAAGUGGACCCAAGCGACACUGUCAUGGACAACAGCACAUGUGCCAAGCGCUGUGAAAAGGAAGACAUGACUAGAAAAGCCAAGGUUUAUAUGUGUUCCGCCUUCUACACCGGGGCGGCCUCCAACCAAUGUUUCCUUUCUGUCCUCCACUGUCAGAAGAAGGGGGCAUUCAAAAAGCCAACUGACUUGACCGAAUGUGCCGAUUGUUUCCGCAAAGCCGCGAAACCAAAGUGGGGAAGAAAAGGUGGUAAGUCAUCAUCGAGAAACAACCACAAGUGGCGAGGAAAGACGACUGCGAAGGAAUACGGUGAUAUUUAAAUGAAAGCAAAAUCAGAUCCUCAACUACAGACGCUCAAGACAACAGCUACAAGAGAACAAAGUCAUACACUCUUAAACAUACUAGGCUUCUGAACCAAAUAUACAUCUUCUUGGCGUUUUUCUGAGAAGUGAAAAAACACGUUUUUCAAGGUCAAAACCUUCAGGGGCUUCAUUUUCCUUAAUAACAUGUAGAAGGUACGCAUAUUUGUGUGGCUUGAAAUCUCUAAAAGGUGUUUUAAACGCCUCAAACCCUUAUUUUUAGGAGUGUACUGUAUGAUGUCGAAGCAAAUACCAAGCGAGCAGUGUGCAGUUUGGCUCUGGAAUGAAACUCGUGAAGUCUAGAGCAGAGCAAAUGUCUUUUGGUAAAAAUCUACAUCCAUUCUGAUGAAAAUAUCCACUGCGCAAUGCACAUCGGUUAUUGUAUUUGAAUGAGAGCAAGCCCAUGAUUCAAUGCGCCAAACAGCAAAGUUCUGUCGACCAACCAACUUUGAUGACAUGGUUUGUUAGCAUUAUGACAGAACAUCACAUCAGCAGUGUAUGACCGCUCAUGCACUGCUAAUCACUUGUAUAUCAACCUGGAUAGAGAUAUUCUUGUCGCUGUUGAAGCGAAAAAUACUGUAACUUGAAUGUUGUCUGUAUUAAACCAAGGAUCAAGAGUAAAAAUUAAAA